UUGCAGGGACUUUGUUCCGCCUCUCCUCAGUUGACAUCCUUGCAGGUUAUUCGAAAAAUAAACAGGGGGAUCAUGAAUUAUCCACUGAUGGCAGCGAUGUUUCUUCUCACCUGCAGCCCUCUGUCUUCAUUAACGACGCCAGUCAGCGCAACUAUUCUGCAGAUGCAUCAGACAGGUGCUGAUGCUGAUGCUGCUCCUGCAAAGCGGACCAUGGUUUUCGUGCAUGGGGCUGGUCAUGGGGCGUGGUGCUGGUACCAAGUUGUUACCUUGAUGCAGGCUGCAGGUUUUAACGCAGUGACACUGGAUCUAACGUCCGGCGGAGUAGAUAAGACGGCUGCUGAUAACGUAAAGACUAUAUCCCAAUAUGCCAAGCCCUUGACAGAUUUCUUGUCAGAUCAGUCUGCAUCCGAUCCGAAGGUCGUUCUGGUAGGGCACAGCCUAGGAGGAGUCUUGGUGUCUUACGCCAUGGAAGCGCACCCUGAUAAGGUUGAUAAGGCCAUUUUUCUCUCAGCAAUUAUGCCCCAAGAUGGCGAAACCCCGCUCGACGUCAUCGGCAGUCACUUUGCAACCCUCCUGCAGUUAGGUGUCUUCAAACCCCAACAAUCUGCCGGAAGUUCAUCCCCAACAUCAGUUGCAAUAAAUCUCACGAUUGCUCCGUCAUGGUUCUACAAUCAGAGCCCAGCUGAGCAAAUCAAUUUGGCUUUAUCUGUACUAGGCGAUACACCUUACAGUGUUUUCGAGGAGGUCAUGACACUCACACCGAAGAGAUACGGGUCAAUUAAUCGAUAUUACAUACUAUGUGGAUUGGACAAGAUGAUUCCUUUUGACGUUCAGGUAAAUAUAACCAACAGGAACCCACCAGUUCAGAAGUUUUAUCUGAAGGAUAGUGACCAUUCUGCAUUCUUCUCUGCGGUGCCAGAUUUAGUCACCCAUCUAAAAAACAUAGCACGUUUGAAGUAAGUAUGUACACUUCCAUCACCAGAACGCUGUGAAGCUUCGCAAAUAACUUCAUUUCCUUCACGAGCGAGCAAGGUCACGUUGAAAUCGCGCAUGAUUUGUGCAAAGUUUGUUGCUUUGAGAUUAUACCAAGGCGAUCAUUUGUUAAAAAUUUCAACUAUGAUUAAUUCAAAAUAGCUUGGCAUCCUUCACUUGACCGCCAUGCUCGAAAUUUGUCCC